AUGGAUGAUCAGAAUGAUGGAAUCGCUCUAAGUAACAACUCUCGAGUGACGCGUCGAUUCCUUCGAAGAGCCUGCCGAAAACUGAAGAAAAACAGUUGUGCUACUAAACGUUCGGCUCAAGAGAAGUGCAAAAGACGCGGUGACGUAGAUUUCAGCUACCAGCAUUUGCGGUUCCAUGUCUUUCAAAAGAGGACAGUGAGGUUCUCCAAUCAUAAAUACGCAGCAACAAUUAGAGCACGGCGAGUGAUGCCCAGUAUCCUGAAUGGAUCUGACGAAGUAUGGCAGUUUUCACGAAACGAGUGCCCACAAGUCCAACUUCCACCAGACCUUCACGUUUUGCCAACCACGUUGGGCUAUAUUUUUGGUGCUCAAGUUUUAGCUCAAGUCACCAAAGCAUGUUUUUCACGUACGUUCCAACAACGUAUCUGA